AUGAGCGAAAACGUUGUGGCUCUUAGCCCGCUUGACAACAUAAUGGUGCCUUGCUGGGUCAAGCUGCUCUUUUACUUCAGUACUCCUCCAGAGGCCAGUGUGGACGAGACCUACCAGCUUCUGAGCAAAGGUUUCUCUCUAGCCAUAGCAGAAAUGCCCAUCUGUGGCGGCACUGUUCAUCUUCGGCCUCAGGACCGCCCCGGCUGGAAGCCAAACCAGUUGGAAGUACGCAUCCCCAAAGACGCAGGCAAGAACGGAUCACCGACACUCGACUUCAAGGACCUUACCGUCGCCGAAGGCGCGAGCGAGCUCUCCUACGACAGACUUCGGGCCGCUGGGUUUCCUGCCGACAAGAUCGACACGAAACUACUCAUGUCCAAGUCCUUCAACCUCGACCUUGCCUCAGGCAUCGAGGCUACCGCUGCCCAGGCCAAUUUUGUCAAAGGCGGCUGCCUUCUGGGCCUGGCCAUGUGGCACAAUGUCGUCGACGCCUACGGGGUCUACACUUUUGCGCGCAGAUGGGCGUCCCACUGCCGAAGGCUUCAAUCUGAGCCAGGUUCGGAGUCAGCCAGCCUGUCUUACAUCCCAGAUAGUACAGUUGCCACCAACAAUGACCGAGAGGUCUUGGAGAGACUGUGGCGCGAGGAUGGUGGCUCUGAAGCAAGCACAGCGACAGACAGGCGGUGGUCUAUUUUGGGGAUCCACCCGCCCAGUGCAGUCGACGCGCCGAGGCUCAACGACGUGUUGGCCAGUCUCAUGGGCAAUCCCGAGCUCUUGAAGCACAAGACGAGGACCCAAAUCUUCACCAUAUCAGCCGAGGCGCUAGAGAAUCUGAGUAAAGUUGUUGCCGACGAGCUUCCCGGACAAGAGCCCGUCACGACUGACGAUGCCCUCCACGCCCUGCUCUGGCGGUGUAUCAUGAGGGCACGGUAUCCGCAUGCAGUCAGCCCAGGCGACGAGCCGAGUCAGUCUGUCUAUCAGAUCGCUGUCGACGGCCGCGAGAUACUAGGAGGACCGCAGCAGCAGCUCAGGUCCUACCUAGGGGAUACAUUCUUCUUCAACACUUCCUCGCUGCCUCUUUCCGAGGUGACGGACCUUCCGAGCAGCUCCUCGGCGCCGCUUGGCAAGCUGGCUCGGACCCUAAGGGAGACCCACAACUCGCUCUCACGCGCUGAUCUCCUCGCUGCGUUUAGUGCGGCACAUAAUCUCUCCAGUUAUGAAAAUCUCCCCUAUUCUCUUGCUGGCGUUUCGGGGCCAUCCAUGAUCGUUGUAUCCCACAAGUACAUCGCGUUGCACGACUUGGACUUUGGGCCGGCGUUGGGUCGUCCUGACUGCGAACGGCCUCCAGGAGACGAGUGGAAUGAUCUGUUUAGGCGAACUAUCAUCCUGCCUACGGCAUCAGGGAAGGGGGCCGAGAUCCUGGUUGCUCUUCAUGACGACGAGAUGAAGCGGCUGGAAGCGGAUGGCGAGUUUAGAAGUUACGCGAAGCUGUCGACAUGUUGA